AUGAAAAUAAGAGGCAUCCCCGAUGAUAUCCUGGUCCCCAAACGGCGAAGAGCUCCAGCCUCAGCCUCAAGAGAUAUUGUGGUGAAAUUCCGCACUGGCACUGAUAAGGCGGCGAUCCUCGCAACCCUCAAAGGAAAAACACCAUAUGCUUUUGAAAAUACAGCCCUAACCUUCAAUGCUGACCAUUCCGGGGACCCCCUAAAAUGGAGGUGGUCCCUCAAACCAUUCACGGCGCUUUUGAGGAAGAGCGGCAUAGAAUACAUACGGCAUCCAGCCACCCACCAAGGGCUCUGCAAGUCCAACUUGACCUACAAAGUAACAGAUCUGCAGGGAGCGGAGGCGCUCCUAUUAACACUCGCCCUGCUAGAGGACUCCCUAACUCCUUCAAGGCAUCCAGAAAACUCCACCAUGGCCCACCUCUGGGACCCAGAAAGGAUUACACCGUUUGUGCCACAAGGAAGAAAAACAGAGGUUUACGUGGCAACCACAUCCUGA